AUGGAUGGUUUUAGUGUUAUUUGUUUGUUGAUAAUUUUUUUACAAUUAAUAAUAAUUUCAUUGGGUAAUUUUCAUUUUCAAGAUAAACAUCAUUAUCAUCAACAAGCAACGGUUAAUAAUCAGAUUAGUACGGUUAAUCCGCAUGCAUUUAUGAUCAGAAUGCAUGGAUUUUUACCAAUAUUUCUUGGAUCAAUAUUAUUUAUCAGUUUGUUUACCAUAAUGCUUAUAUUUAUGUGGGGCUGUAAUUAUCAUGAUCCAUUAUUAACACAUUCAUCAUUUGAAUUAAGUGUUUCGAAUGAAGAAGGUAGACGAAGACCAAUACGGCCAACAAUAUUAUCAAUAAAAAAUAAAAUGAUUAAAAUGAAACGAAUGAUGAAAACAAAUCAAACAGAUAAUAGUCAAUUAAGUAAUCGAAUGACAACAACAACAAUACCACCAUCAUCAUUAUUAUCUUCAUCUUCAUCUUCAUCAUCAACAGUACAACCACCAUCAUCAACAACAACAACUGAAGCUACAAUAACAUCGACAACAACAAUGUCAAGUAAAGAUUCAUUAUAUGGAUCAACAAACAAAACUAAAAUGGUCUAA